AGAGAGAGAGAGAGAGAGAGAGAGAGAGAGAGAGAGAGAGAGAGAGAGAGAGAGAGAGAGAGAGAGAGAGAGUUUGAUAUGGAGUGGUUUGCAAGAUUGCCUGAGGAUUGCAUAUCAGAGAUUCUGUCAUACACUUCGGCUGUGGAUGCUUCGAGAUCAUCGGCUGCGUCGAAAGAGCUCAAAUCGGUGGCACAAAACGAUGUCGUUUGGGAGAGAUUCUUGCCUCUUGAUUAUCAAGAAAUCAUCUCCAAAGCAGUCUCUCCUCUCAAAUAUGCCACUAAAAAAGAUCUCUAUUUCAGCCUCUCUGACUCCCCUAUCCUCAUUGAUCAAGGCAAAAUGAGCUUUUCUAUCGACAAAAGAAGUGGAAAGAAGUGUUUCAUGAUUGGAGCAAGGGAGCUUAUGAUUUCAUGGAAAGGCUGUUGGGAUUUCAUUCCAAACCCAAUGUCCAGAUUCUCAGAGGUGGCAAAGCUGAGAUCCAUGGGAUGGAUUCACAUUCAAGGAAAAAUAAAAACUGAAAUCUUGUCCAAAAACACUAUGUAUGCAGCCUAUUUAGUGUUCUUGCUAGAAAGCAAGGAAGGCCUAAGAUCAUCAAACACAGUAUUAAGGUUAAGUCUCAAUGACAAAUCAAGGAAAAAUGGUAUAAAAAAAGAGCGUAUUGAAUCCAGAGAAACUGGGAAAUUAGCAAAGAUGAGAGGAGAUGGAUGGUUGGAGAUAGAAAUGGGAAGGUUCUACAACAGCAGCGACGACGAAGGCGAGGUGGAGGCGUGGCUCACCGAGAUCAAUAGCCCAUACGACAAGUCCGGACUUAUCGUCCAUGGUAUCGAGUUCCGACCUUUAUAGCACGACAACGUCAAACAAUACAUUUAUUUUCCAUGUUGUUAUGGUGACAAAUUGAGUAAAGUAGCCCGCGAAAAUUAUAGGUUAUAUAGUGAUUCUAGUUCUCUCUUUAUUCCAAGCAGGGUUUUUCUGACCAAGUUGAACCGACCCUAUGUUAAAUUGUACUAGCAAAUUUGAAUUGUAGAUAUAUUAUCGGUCAGUUAAAAUUUAAGCCUAUAGUUCGACGACCAGUUCUAAUAUACUACAGUAAUAAACAUUUGUUUGUAUCUUUUGUCAAUGAUAUCUUUUUAACUUUGAA